UGUGGUGAGUGUUGGGAGAGAUAUAGACCAAGUCUGCAGUGGUGAGUGUUGGGAGAGAUAUAGACCAAGUCUACAGUGGUGAGUGUAGGGAGAGAUAUGGACCAAGUCUGCAGUGGUGAGUGUUGGGAGAGAUAUAGACCAAGUCUGCAGUGGUGAGUGUCGGGAGAGAUAUAGACCAAGUCUGCAGUGGUGAGUGUUGGGAGAGAUAUAGACCAAGUCUGCAGUGGUGAGUGUUGGGAGAGAUAUAGACCAAGUCUGCAGUGGUGAGUGUUGGGAGAGAUAUAGACCAAGUCUGCAGUGGUGAGUGUUGGGAGAGAUAUAGACCAAGUCUGCAGUGGUGAGUGUUUGGAGAGAUAUAGACCAAGUCUUCAGUGGUGAGUGUUGGGAGAGAUAUAGACCAAGUCUGCAGUGGUGAGUGUUAUAGACCAACUCUGCAGUGGUGAGUGAUGGGAGAGAUAUAGACCAAGUCUGCAGUGGUGAGUGUUGGGAGAGAUAUAGACCAAGUCUGCAGUGGUGAGUGUUGGGAGAGAUAUAGACCAAGUCUGCAGUGGUGAGUGUUGGGAGAGAUAUAGACCAAGUCUGCAGUGGUGAGCAGGCCCCAGCCAUCUGUGUUUUGGUCAUCGAAGUCAGUCCACUUUGUUCUACUAAGUAAACUGAAAUUGGCAGAAAUAUGGGAGACUCUGAGCAUUUGAGCAAUGCAGCUUUAGACAUAUAUACCACUCCCACCAAUAUUGUCAAGUGAAGCCUUGCCAAUUACCUAAUGUUGAUGUGAGAACAUUGGCAUUGCGAAAAAAAUUAAUAGUGUUGAAUGUGAAGUAAAAAUAAUGUUUUUUGAUUAGUACUGUGUGAAGCUUUUGAUCAAUGAUUAUUCAAAUGGCCAUCAUAUCACAUACUUGUCAGUCUAUAGUACGCACUCUCAGGUCAAGUAUGUCACAGUAAUAUACACUUUACGUACCCAGGUAGGGGAGAGUGUGUGUGUGAUGGAGAGAAGUGUGACUGUGACUGUGAGUGUGGGACAGCUCCUCUCUCUGGUCACCAGUACUCUGGAGAUGACUGUGGCUGCGACCCUGACAACUGCUACAAUGAGCAGUACCCUGGAAGAGUGUGUGCACACAGUCAGGACAGAGAGAAGGACGGAAUGUGUGACUGCAAUGAUUGUCUGUGUCACACGGACUCUGUCUCUUUCAACAGGACUUGUAUCUACAAAGACCACCUCUGUAGUUUCUUUGUGUCAUGUGCUGUGUGCUGGCCUAUGAUGAACUGCUCCAUAGGAGACUGUCAUCCCAGCCCUCUGGAUUACCUCAAUAGUGAUGGGAUAUCAGUGUCUUGUACAUUUGAACGGGAUGGAUGUACUGUGGACUAUCAGGUGGUACUCUCUGGGGCCUUCAACAAUAUGGGCAGUGUCUUUGUUGGAGGAGAGAGAGAUUGUCAGGACUCAGACAUACUGGGUCAGCUGGCCUGGAUCAUUCCUGUGUCAAUCAGUGGAGGUAUUCUAUUGCCAGGACUGCUGCUACUAGUUGCCGCCACAUGCAUUCGGAUUCACAAGUGCAACAAUCCCAUCUGUACAAGUAAGUUUAAAGAACUUGGAAGUUUGAGAGUUGUAUAUAGUUAACUUUUGCGUGGGUGUUUUGAUCAUGCAUGAAAAUUCUCUCACACAAAGUGAUCCUCAUUUUGUAAGCUAAUGUUAUUGUUUGCUGCAGGAAACAGUUCUUAUACUGAUCCAAGGUAAUUAUAGAACAGUGUAUUCCUUCUGACGAGAAGUAGUCAAUAGCACAGUAUUGCAGCAGCAGUGGAUUAAUUUACUACUGAAGUGUGAUUUCCUCCCUUUACAGUGCUAGAGCAGUAAUGUAUGAGACAGUUGGCGAUGAUGA